AACUAAUAUAAAUACUCAUGUUGAACUAGAGUUAAAUUUUGAAAUGACAAUCAAAAAAUUAUUUACGACAAUGAAUGCUUACGAUCUGAUUCUUUGUCUUCCUCGUACCAUCUUAGGUUUGACAACAUAAUUCUAUUAAUGGUGACGCACACUUGAAAAGAAGCUUACUUGGCAAUCCAUUUUAGAAGCUAAAAAUGGAACUCACAUACAAAACAAAAAUACUAAUCUUAUCUUAAAUUAGCAGCACGCCAAAUUUAACAAAUCAAAAAUGGAUUACAGAGAGAAAAAAAAUUACAGUAAAAACUAACAAAAUCAUUCCAGAUCCAACUUUCUGUCCAUUACCUAAAAAUAGCAAUUAAUAAUAUUUCAUUACUGUAUAUAAAAUCCAAAACUCAAAUUUCAAAUCUAUCAGCUCUUUCAAAACAUCAAAAUCCCAGGACUCUCUCUAUCUAUCCUAUUCCAAGAUAUGACAUCUACAUCACAAAAGAUACUUGUAACCGGCGGGGCCGGUUUCAUUGGCGCUCACACCGUUGUUCAGCUUCUCAAAGAUGGGUUUCAUGUUUCCAUCAUUGAUAAUUUUGAUAAUUCUGCUAUGGAAGCAGUGGACCGUGUUCGUGAAAUUGUUGGUCCAAACCUUUCACAGAAUCUUGAAUUCACACUGGGAGAUCUCAGGAAUAAAGAUGAUUUGGAGAAACUUUUCUCAAAAUCUAAAUUCGAUGCUGUCAUUCAUUUUGCUGGGUUAAAAGCAGUUGGUGAAAGUGUUGCAAAUCCUCGUCGUUAUUUUGAUAAUAAUCUUGUUGGCACCAUCAACCUCUAUGAAGUAAUGGCUAAGCACAAUUGCAAAAACAUGGUUUUCUCAUCGUCUGCAACUGUUUAUGGCCAACCUAAAAAGAUGCCAUGUGUGGAGGAUUUUGAGUUACAAGCAACGAACCCUUAUGGACGGACAAAGCUUUUCCUUGAAGAAAUCGCACGAGAUAUUUCGAAAGCUGAGUCGGAAUGGAGAAUCAUUUUACUGAGAUACUUUAAUCCAGUUGGGGCACAUGAAAGUGGUAAACUGGGUGAAGAUCCUAGAGGCAUCCCAAAUAACCUCAUGCCUUAUAUACAGCAAGUAGCCGUUGGAAGAUUACCCGAGCUCAAUGUAUAUGGUCAUGAUUAUCCUACAAGGGAUGGCUCUGCGGUACGGGACUAUAUCCACGUGAUGGACUUAGCAAAUGGUCACAUUGCCGCCCUGAGAAAGCUUUUUGCAACGGAAAACAUAGGUUGUACGGCUUACAAUUUGGGAACCGGUCGUGGUACAUCUGUGCUUGAAAUGGUUGACGCAUUUAAUAAAGCUUCUAGUAAGAAAAUCACAUUGAAAUUGUGUCCGAGAAGGCCAGGAGAUGCUAUAGAGGUUUAUGCAUCUACAGAGAAAGCUGAGAGAGAACUUGGUUGGAAGGCCAAAUAUGGUGUGGAGGAGAUGUGCAGGGAUCAGUGGAAUUGGGCAAAGAACAACACGUGGGGUUACUCGGGGAAGCCUUGAAUCAGCUAAACAAAUACACUACUCAUCUACCGAUAUUCUCUAUACAAAUAGGCAUCCCAUUGUUAAAGAGUACUUGAAGCUUGUAUAUGUCAAACACUAAUUUUUAACCGCUAAUUGAAACCAACAUUCAAUAACUUAAUAAAGCUAAAUUGCUUAAAUGGCUCAAAUGGCUCAAAAUACUGAAACUUAAUAGGG